CCUCCCCAGAAUGGUCCCCUCAGACAAACCCUAGAUACAAACUUCAACACGACACACACACUGCACUCUGUGGUUAGAGUGGUGGAGAGGGGCAUCUUGCCAUGAGGGUCUUCAUCGCCUUCGAUGGUUCCUGUGAGCCUUUUGACGUCUCUCCUGACCAGACCGUGGGGAGCGUAAAACUGAUGGUCAAGGAUUACUUCCACGUGCAACUGUCAGACGACAAGCAGGUGAGGCACUUCCUGGAGCUGAGCUUUGCUGGUGCCAUCCUUCGGGACAACUGGGUCCUGACAGACGUUGGCAUCACCCCUAGCAGUGCCAUCUGCUGCCUGCUGAAGCGGGAGCCGGUGGUGCGUGUGUUCAGUGCCGUGACGGGGGAGACCCUCUCAGUCUCGGGCACUGUGUUUCUCCUGAGUACGUCUGUGGCCAGGCUCAUGACCCUGGUGUCCCAGCAGUGUGAGCUUCCCGUCAGGUCCUUCAGACUGAGCUCUCCCACCGGCCUGCAACUCUACGACUGCAACCGGCUGCACGACUACGCCAUUGACCUGGGGGCUACUCUACGGUUGGACACCUGGGAUGGGUGGGCGGGGUUCCUCAGAGGCUGCUUCCUGGGACACAGACUGACCGUCCAACGACACCUGUCUAGAGAGAGACCUGUGAUGAGGUUCCAGCUCCGGGUGGCACUCUACAUCGCUGCUUCUCUGGGCCACCUGGACCUGGCCGGCUGGCUGCUGGAGAGGGGGGUGCGUGUCAUUGAGCCGGUGGGGGUUCACCCUUACCGUGAGUGGUGCCACCAGACGGCCCACCCCGACGUCGCCAAGUGUCCCGCUGUCGCCUCCAUCGAGCGCGGCCAGCUCACCAUCCUCAAACUUUUUAUCGCCAGCAGCGUUCUGACCCUUGCCUGUCGGGAUCCCCAGGGUCGUGACCCCCUGAGGAUCGCCCUUCAGUACGGCCACAGGGAGUGUGUGAGUCACCUGGCCACCAAGCUGUGCUCUGUGGUGGUCCUCCCAGGUAUGGCCCUGCCCAUGCGGACAUACCUCCAGAUAAAGGGCUGGGUGAGGCUGGGGCAGAGGAGGACAGCAUCCAGGCACUGCAUGGGCCUCAACAGGGCUCCGUUCAGGACCAGGGUGGGCGACACGGUCCUGGUGGACGGCUUCACCCUCCCCAAGAUGUCCUCCAAGCCCAGGAGGAGUGAGGCCAAGGCGGGUAUCAGGGUGAUGUCCACAGCCUCUCGACGUUUGACCCCCAUCAACUGCCCAUCUCAUGUAUCCUGCCCGCUCCGCGCCCUGGCAUCCCAGGAUAAACCUCUUCAACUACCGAAGCUACACCCUGUGGCCACGAGGGAUGAAAGAGAGAAGAAGAGGGGAUGUGGAGGGAAGGGAUGUGAGGAGGAUGAGAUUGGGGAUCAGAACAGCAACCAAUGGAGGAGCAGAGUCCCGCUCCCGCCCAUUUCUAGAGACACCAAUCUCAGACCUGUGUUUGCCUCGCCAAACUCCGCCCAGAUACUCACCACCUCACUGGAGGCCUUUUCUCUCCACUGCGACCGCACACCCAGAGAAAACGCCAUAUACUGUUUGGCCUUGGCCAGGUUCCAGCUCCGGGUGGCACUCUACAUCGCUGCUUCUCUGGGCCACCUGGACCUGGCCGGCUGGCUGCUGGAGAGGGGGGUGCGUGUCAUUGAGCCGGUGGGGGUUCACCCUUACCGUGAGUGGUGCCACCAGACGGCCCACCCCGACGUCGCCAAGUGUCCCGCUGUCGCCUCCAUCGAGCGCGGCCAGCUCACCAUCCUCAAACUCUUUAUCGCCAGCAGCGUUCUGACCCUUGCCCGUCGGGAUCCCCAGGGUCGUGACCCCCUGAGGAUCGCCCUUCAGUACGGCCACAGGGAGUGUGUGAGUCACCUGGCCACCAAGCUGUGCUCUGUGGUGGUCCUCCCAGGUAUGGCCCUGCCCAUGCGGACAUACCUCCAGAUAAAGGGCUGGGUGAGGCUGGGGCAGAGGAGGACAGCAUCCAGGCACUGCAUGGGCCUCAACAGGGCUCCGUUCAGGACCAGGGUGGGCGACACGGUCCUGGUGGACGGCUUCACCCUCCCCAAGAUGUCCUCCAAGCCCAGGAGGAGUGAGGCCAAGGCGGGUAUCAGGGUGAUGUCCACAGCCUCUCGACGUUUGACCCCCAUCAACUGCCCAUCUCAUGUAUCCUGCCCGCUCCGCGCCCUGGCAUCCCAGGAUAAACCUCUUCAACUACCGAAGCUACACCCUGUGGCCACGAGGGAUGAAAGAGAGAAGAAGAGGGGAUGUGGAGGGAAGGGAUGUGAGGAGGAUGAGAUUGGGGAUCAGAACAGCAACCAAUGGAGGAGCAGAGUUCCGCUCCCGCCCAUUUCUAGAGACACCAAUCUCAGACCUGUGUUUGCCUCGCCAAACUCCGCCCAGAUACUCACCACCUCACUGGAGGCCUUUUCUCUCCACUGCGACCGCACACCCAGAGAAAACGCCAUAUACUGUUUGGCCUUGGCCAGUGCCUUCACACAGAGACCAUGGUUGCAGCAGCUGAAUGUAGCGCGGACUCUGGCCAGGAGGAGUGCUCAGCACAUUGGUUAGACACCAGGAUCCUGGUCAUUAGGCAGAUUAAACAUACAGAAACAAGGAGGGACAACCUGGAAUUGUCCAAAAAGGAACUAUUAUUUUAUUUUAAUUUUUAUUUUAUACAGUGAACAAGAUGAGACUUUGGAACGGAUGAUGCCUGAAACAAUGCGGACGACUUAGAAUUUUGUUCCUUUCGGAUGAGGCUUAUAGAUAUAGUCAGUACUGUGUUUGAUUUGUGUGCAGAAAGUUUACAACGGCAGGCAGUGGAUUCUCAGUCAUUCCUUGGAUUUACACAGCAACAUAGCAGACAGCUUAAAUAGUUUAUUUUUAUUUAACCUUUAUUUCACUAGACAAGUCAGUUCAGAACAAAUUCUUAUUUACAAUGAUUGCCAAACCCGGACGACGCUGGGCCAAUUAUGCGGCACCCUAUGGGACUCCCAAUCACUUGGGAGUGGGAAGGAUACCAAAUCCAAUAUCACACACUUCUUCCUUAGUAUUCUGAGAACUGUCAGAUAGCUGUGAGAGCUAUGAGUGGAUCGUGGACCCAUGCAUAAAUUAUAACUUUGCUGUAACUCAGUGGGGCAAGUAGAACAUCCGGGUUAGUGUAUGUUCAUUGAAUCGCUGUCAUUGAGUUGCUCACUGGACAAGACUUUGGCUAUUUGCUGUCUUUUGAAAAUACAAAAAUAAAUAUAACUGUUUUAUGAAGCACUUGUAGACAUUCAUUGUUUUCAAAAUCAUAUUUUCAGCAAAACAUAUACAUCAGUUUACAAUAUGACAUCAAAUCAAAUAAAAAUAAAAUAAGUGAUAUGUAAAUGAUUGGCAAAAGGCUCCAACCACCCAAGUCAGACUGUUCACUCUGCUACCACACGGCAAGCGAUACGAGAGCACCAAAUCUGGGACAAAACGCUCCUUAACAGCUUCUACCCCCAAGCCAUUAGACUGCUGAACAGCUUCUACCCCAAAGGCACCAGACUGCUGAACAGCUUCUACCCCCAAGCCAUUAGACUGCUGAACAGCUUCUACCCCCAAGCCAUUAGACUGCUGAACAGCUUCUACCCCAAGCCAUUAGACUGC